UAAAAUGCACCUAUCAAACUGUGCAGGGUAGCUUCGUCUGAAGCGUAAAUGUGCCCCUCCUUCGCCGCAGUGGCUAGGUAGCGACGACUUGUGACCAUGACGAGCUAUGGAUUAGGCAGGAAUGUGUUGGUCCUGGGUCUGCUAUUGAUUUGCGGAGCGCCACCUUCCCAUCAGUUCCUCGCUCAGCCAAGUGCGCCAGAUGCUUUUGAGGACGUCCAUACGGUUCAUCUACGCACCGGGAUUGUGGAUGUGGAUGCGGCCAGCCGCAGGCUGCCGGAGUCGCUGACGCCUGCGGCGCGGCGCCUGCUGGGCCACCCCAGCUCGGCGCCACCCCCCGCCGCGCCCGGCUGGGGCCCGCUGGCAGGGGCGCAGCUGUGGCUGCUGACGCUGGGGCCGGAGACGCACCUGUGCCCGCACCACCCCUCCCACCACCAGCACAGCCAGUUCCUGGCGCACCAGCAGAUGCGUAGCAGCGACGGCAGCUCCAAUACCCACACCGGCUUGGAGGGCGGGGGCGGGCGACCUCACCAGCACGACCAACCCCAGUCCUCGGUUACGUCGGCGCAGCAGGAGCAGGAGACCGCACAGGGGGCGCGCUUUGCGGAGCGGCAGGCGGCACUGCAGGCGGCUCUGCGGAACGCGGGCGCGGCACCUGUGUCGUUCCUGCCACCCGCGGCAUGGCUGGUGGUGGUGGGGCGAGGAGCGGACCUGGGGCCCCUGACGGAGGCGUUUCCGGAUGUACGGAUGGCGCCGUACGGUCCCCCGGCCGCUCGCGUGUCUCCGGAGUUGGCAGCCGCCGUGUCCCUUCUGGAGCAGCAGUUGCGGGAGGCGGGGAUGGGGGUUGGCAGCAGCGGCAGUAGCGGCAGUAGCAGCGGGGCCGACGCCGAUGGCAGUAGCAGCGGCAGCGGCGGCGGCAGUAGCGGCAGUAGCGGCUUGGGGGAGCGGCUGGAUGAGGUGGUGUCAGAGCUGUGGGAGCGGCAGCUGCGGCGGCAGCAGGAGCGGGAGCAGGCGGCGGCGGCGCGGCGGCGGCGGCGGGCGCUGGCGACAUUGAAUGCGGAGGGCGGCGGCGGCGAGCGCGAGGAGGGAGAGGCGCAGGAGGAGGAGGAGGCGCUGGAGGAGGCGCAGGAGGAGGACGCUCUGGCUUUCCCGGGGGCUCUGGAAUCCAUGGCCUCGGCGGUUUCCUGGCUUCGCUCCGCAGCCUCCGCCUCCUCCUCCUCCUCCUCCUCCUCCUCCUCCUCCUCCGCCUCCUCCUCCUCCUCCCGGCGCCCCCUGGCGGCGUCGGGUUGGCAGCGUCCCGAGCUUCAGCAACACCUGCACCACCUCUCCGACCCCUCGCAAACGCACGCGGAGGAGGAGCACCACCUGCGGCUCUCCGACCCCUCGCAACCGCACGAGGAGGAGGAGCAGGAGGGCGCCCGGCCGCUCGCGGCUGACUCCGGUGGCGGCGGCGGCGGCAACGGCGGCGGCGGCGGCGGCUCCAGCGCGCGGCGCGGCCUGCUCGGGACAGGCGCGGCGGGCGGUGGCGGCGGCCAGGGCGGCGGCGGCGGCGGCGGCGGGAGCUGCGGGCUGCCGGAGCCGCUGACUCGGCGGUUGACGCUGGCCGUACACCUGCCGUACCUGGAGCGGGAGGACCUGGUCACGUUGUCGCUGGCGGCGGCGGCGGCGGCGGCGGCGGCGGCGGUUGGGCAGGGAACAGCGGCGGCGGCGGCGGUUGGGCAGGGAACAGCGGCGGCGGGGACGGCGGCGGCGGUUGGGCAGGCGGGCGUGUCGGCCGGGUGGGAUUCGGCGGCCGCAGCGGCGGCGGCUGAGGCGCUCGAGGACUACAACCCAGCCGCCGCCGCGGCGGCGGACUGGGCGGCGCCGCUGGCGGCGCUGUCUCGCCAGGUGGCGGCGGCCGCCGCCGCCGCCAGUCCAGGGGAGGGUGAAUUCGGGGACUGCGGCUGCGCGCCGCCGGUGUUGGCUCCGGAUGCUGGCGGUCCGAAUAUUCUGUUGGUGGAGCUCUGCGCGGCGGCGGCGCCGGCGGCGGUACGGUGGCUGGCGGCGGCUCCGCCGGUAUCGUGGCUGGAGCCGCGGCUGGGCGUGCGGCUCCACAACCUGAUCGCGAGUGCGGUGGUGCAGGCGGGCGGCGCCGGCGGCGCGGCGAGCAGUCCCGAGCUGCUGGCGUCGCACCCCUUCUGGGCGGCGGGCAUCGACGGACGCAACCAGACGGUGGGCUGCGGCGACAGUGGACUGGACGUCGCCAACUGCUACUUCUACGACCCCGCGGUGCCGUUCAUGCAGAACGUGAAAACCGACUCCAACGGAAUGCAGUACUUCCUGUCCUCCACACACCGCAAGCUUCGCUACUACCUGGCAGUGGUGCAGGACUUGUCGGACAGCUACGGGCACGGCACGCACGUGAGCGGCACGCUGGUGGGCAGCAGGUUCGACCGCGCCAGCGCGCUGUCUCCGGAGCCUCUGGACGCCGCCACUGGCCAGGCGCCCGCCGCGCGGAUCGCCUUUAUGGACCUCAGCCGGGACAAGGGCGACGGGGUGUGGACGCCCGGCGACCUGGGCCGCUCCUACUUCAACCUGACCUACCGCGUGGGCGCGCGAGUGCACUCCGACUCCUGGGGCUCAGACCUCACCGCAUACGACUCCAUGGCGGCAGCGCUGGACCGAUUCACGUGGAACAACCCAGACUUUCUGUCGAUCUUCGCCGCAGGCAACUACGGCACCGCCAGCGGCGCCACCACCACCGUCACCUCGCCAGCCGUGGCCAAGAACUGCAUCGCGGCGGGCGCGACCCCCUCCAUGGGCACGGGCGACCGGCCCGGCGCCUACGGCGUCACCGUCUACAAUCUGACGGCCACCGUCAACAUUGGCGGCGGGCAGGGCGGCGCGCGCUCCGUCCGGGUGGUUGGCGCCGCCUUUGGAGGCGACCUGGCGGCGGCGGUUUCCGCCGCCGCCGCCGCCAAUGGCGGCGUCGUGGCCCUGGCGGCGGCUACGCCAGCGGACGCCUGCAUCGGGCUCAGCAACGCGGGCGGUGUGCGCGGUCGUGUGUUGCUGGUGCAGCGCGGCAGGUGCUACUUUAGCGACAAGGCGCGCGCGGCGGCGGCGGCUGGCGCGACGGCGGUCAUCGUCUACAAUGACAAGCAGGAUGGUUAUUUCCUGAUGGAGGCCCCGGACGCCUCGGGCGGCAGCGGCAGCGGUCUCGUGCCCAUGGGCAGCGUGCCGGCGUCCACGGGGCGGUGGCUGCUGGCGGCGGCGGCGGCGGGCAACACGGCGGUCAGCAUCCGGCGGGCGGCCGACGUAGCACCGCUGGCCUUCGACGACGUCGCCGCCUACAGCUCGUUCGGGCCCACCACCGACGGCCGCAUCAAACCCGACAUCACCGCGCCAGGUCACCUGCUGUCCGCCAACGCCAACCCCACCCUGGCCCCCGACGGCGCCGUGCCCUCCUGCGGCGCCGGCGCCACCCGCAUUCUGUCGGGCACGUCGAUGGCGACCCCGGUGAUUGCGGGCUCAGCACUGCUGCGCUGAGCAAUAUUUCUGGUGCACACUGUCUCCAUGGAGCGGCGGGGGGCUCGUCAGCUCGACCGCCCCUGCCUGACUUGCUGUAGAUAUGAGAUAAGCAUAUGUCCUUUGGAUCUAUAUGUCAAGGGGGAUUCGGAACGCAGCGACUUUGUGUGGUUAUACGUUUUGGACAGGAAGCGGUGCGAGGGUUUUGUUGUGCGACGGUGCGCGAGCGGGGGCGCAGCACGCAUGCAUGUGGGGCGCAGUGGUCCCGCAAGGGCGCGGCUUAGAGCUGCAAAUGUGUUGAAGAAGAGCGCGAUGCAUCGCGUGAUCUGCGUUAUGAGGUUUCCGUGCAGUGAGCGUGAGGCUCGCAUUGUGAUUUGCUUGUGAGAUAACUGGUGAUCCAUCUAUCUAGCACGUACGAAGAAGCAGGAGGCGGGAGGUAGCAGGAGUCGAGUUGAGGCGACAGGGCAGGUACGCGUUUUGCUAAAUCUGCUGUGGUUUGGAGUGAGGACUCCGGCCUAUAUCAACGACAUUGUGGCUCCUGGUGAAGAUAGCGGUUAGCUUAUUAAUUGCGCGGUCUGGCAACCAGUGAGGGAAUCCGUGAGCCUGCAGGGGGAUGGAUCGUGACCGAUACCCUGUAGGGGGUGAUGUGGUCGACAGGGGGUGGGUGUGACCAAAGCGCAGGCAUGCAGAAUCGCCGCGGCAGCAGUGCAAAUAGUCCAGCGCGCCAAGCGCUGGAGGAGUAAUGCUUGGCCUGAUCAGUGUAGGUGCGCUGUUGCAGGAGUUGUUUAGGGUCAUGUGAUGCCUUUACAAGCAAAUCUAAUCGAAAUCUGAAGGGGUGCGGACGUUCGGUGGUGGGCUAGCUGCUGUUUGGUGCUGCUGGUGCGGUUAUCGACGUGUUUGAAAAAACGCAACACAAGCGAACAUGACGUGUAGUCGUUGGUGUCGUUGGUAUUUGGUGCGGUGUAAUCGUCACGAGAAUGGGCGACGAGGGCACUCAGUAUAGGGGGGUG